AUGUCAUGUGAACACAAAGACGAACAAUUUACAUUACGCUUUCUCGAUUGUGAUUGCACAUGCUGUGGCAUUCGUCAACAGCACACACCUCCGAUCGAAUGUCAGAUGGAUCGAUCACAAUUUCGACAAAUAAUCAAAAACAUUUCUAAACCGCGCUAUGGCUUAGAUUGCCAAUGUUUGUGUGGUGAAAAAUCGUCAGCGAUCAGUUCUAAAGAUUCAUGUUCUUGUCCGACAAUGAAUACGAAUAUGGCAACACCGAUUCAAGUCAAUUUUAGUGUUGAUACAGGCAUAAAGCAAUCGUCUAAUGUUUAA